GUAUCUGUAUGUUAUUUGAUAUUAAUUGAGUGUAAAUCGUAUGCUUACGUGAAAGUAUUUGAUUACUUAUUAGUUAUUGUAUUGUAAAUGAUCAGUGCUAAGUGUACAAGCUAAAACAGUUAAAAAAUAAACAGUAACGGAGCUCCGUUACUUACUCUCAAAAACAUCAUGCCUCAUGAUUUGAAAGGUUUGGGUAUAAGGAAAGCAAUAAUGGCUCCCUUGUCUCCCACACCUUGCGCUGAGAUUAGUGACGAUGAGCUGGUCUCUAUUUCUGUGCGUGAUCUUAAUAGACAAUUGAAAAUGAGAGGAUUGACACGAGACCAAAUAGUCAGGAUGAAACAACGUCGGCGUACGCUAAAAAAUCGGGGCUACGCAGCCUCGUGUCGCAUCAAACGAAUAGAGCAGAAAGAUGAACUGGAAACUGAGAAAAGUCAGGAAUGGCACGAUAUGGAAACGAUGCAAGAGGAAAACACGAGGAUCCGUGAAGAGAUCGAAGCGUUGAGGAGCAAAUACGACGCUCUGAAACGAUUCGCACAUAUGAAGAGCAUUCCGUUACCGGCUGAACUUGAUAUGUUACCUUGAUUUAAUAUAGAUAUAUAAAACCUUUAUGAUAUAUGUCGUAUAUCCGUUGUUUGCAUAAUGAAAUGAAAAAAAUCUUCUAUUUCAAGAGAGCUGUAUUUCUGAUAAGGCAACCUCUUAUAUGUCUUACUUGCCUGUGUAAUACUUUUAGUUUCAUUGAUUUAUGAGUGAAGACAGAUAAAUAACUUAGAUAUUAGAUUGUCGCGAUGUCAUUGGUCGAGAUCUUGAAUAGUUUAUGGUAUUCACUAUGGAUUCGAGAAAAAAUAGCAUUUUGAAUGUCCGCGAACUUGAUUUCGGAACUUUGGAAGUUAACUUGAAAUGUUUAUAAAUAGUUUUUUUUUUUAUAGAAUAGGAAGGCGGACGAGCAUAUGGGCCACCUGAAGGU